AUGCCCACCGACGAGGAAAUUGUUCAAGCUCGCCAGGACUGGGAACCGGAGUACCCCUCUGGAGACGACAAGCGAUUCCCUGGUAGCCAGGCAGAGCAAGCACAAAACCAGAGAACCGUAGUACAACAAAAGAAGCACAAUGAAUAUUACAACUCGGAGAAGCGUCAAACAGGUCUGCAAACCGAGCGCUCCAGAUCCUCAUCCCGUCGCGCCCGAAGAAAGCGAGUAAAGAACGACCAAAGAGACGGCAAAUACAUGCACACAAACUCGCUCGAAGCCCUGGAGGAAGCAGAUGCCAAUGGCGAACUCCACGAGAUGCAACCAUUUGAGCGCAUUGGUCCCGACUCGACAUCCAUGGAUGGACCCGUGACCAAAGCUCGCGCAGACAGAGGAGAGAUCCCUAUGCGAGGCAGCAACCCAGACCAACCUUACUACAAGAAGCCGCCACCUGCGGUACAGUCAGAGCUCGAUGAAACUGAUGGUUUGAAGCUGAAGUUGGAUGCCAAUCUCGAUGUCGAGAUUGAACUCAAGGCCAGUAUUCGUGGUGACUUGACCCUAUCAUUGUUGUAA